UCAGUCAUACUUGAGUGAUCAUUCUGAUCAGUGCAUAAUGAGCCAAUUUAUGACAAAAAGGAAGUAUUUAUUUCGUUAUUGCAAAUGAUAUUGCAUCUUGCUCUCGAGGUAUUCGAAGAUGAAGUUUGAAAUAUUCGCCAGCUUCCCAUAUUUCGAAUUUCAAGGCUGAUUUUUCUCAAAAUAAUUUAUUUUACUCAAGAUGUAUCUAAGGAAAUUCUUCGUCUUUCAACUUCUCCAAUUCUUCGUUCGUUCGAGUAUCAAAUUACAUUAUCUAUUCAUGAUAGAUAUAUGGUUCCUAUGGUAACAAUGUUGACAUGUACCUAUAUCUUCACAAUAUUAAUAUGAAUCUUUCUUCAAAAAACAAUAACACGUGUAUUGUGUCGAACAACACUUGAAGGAAUAUGACAGAAGAAGUUAAUUCCUCGUUAAUCAAAGAAGUACAAACUGGUCUAGGUAAAUACAUCAAGAAGCCACCGUUGAAUGAAAAAUUGCUCAAGAAACCACCAUUCCGGUAUUUGCACGAUCUAAUUACAUCGAUUAUACGCGAGACUGGAUUUCUCGAUGGACUGUAUUCAGCUACCGAACUGAGUUCUGAAAACGUUAAAGAUAAAGAUGCCAAAUUAAAUUUCCUCGAUAAGUUAAUCUCGGCUGUUAAAAAAGUUACCGGUAAAAAUGUAGCUGCUCGUUCUGGUAAAAUUAUCGCUGGGUUGGAAGUAAAUAAAACAUUAGAGCUGUUGUUAAUUAUUGCAAAAGCUAUCGAAGAUAAAGUUGACAGUAAAUCCAUUCUGAUCGAAAGUACUGAAAAUGGCAACGAAAAGGCUCCUAAAUCGAUAAAGAAAGACGAUAAACCGGAAAAAUCUGCCAUUCCAAGACCUAAACCGAAUACCGAAGUUAAAACAUCGAGUAAAACUACCUCAUCGAAGAAUGAUCCCGCUCCUGCCAAAACCAAACCAUCAUCAAAAUCCGAUACUCCGAGUUCGAAACCUACUACAUCUAAACAAAAUUCAGUCAAUUCCAAAACUGAAACGAACGUAAAAAGACAGGAUACCGAAGGAUCGUCUAAUAUUUCAGAUCAACCCGUAUCUACUAAAAACUCUACGAAAGAACCAUCUAGAGAUAAGAGCUUGACUCGUAAAAAUAGCGUAUCAGAUAGAAGCAGCGCCUCUUCUAGGAAAAGUUCGGGUCAAAGUAAAUCUUCAUCUUUGAGAAAACCAUCGUUGAAAGAUACUACGAGUAGUAAAAAUCUCAAUUCCGUUGAAAAUGUGAUUCAAGAAGAGCACGAGAGUUCUUCGAGGCUAAAGGAACCCGAACCUGCGAGUAAUGGCAACGUUAACGGAGAUAUCAAAGAAAAUGGGCACCAAAAUAAUAUUCUUAACGACCCAAAUGGAAAUAAAUCCGAUCCCGAAUCCACUCCGGUGAUUAAUGAUGAGCCUAAAAUUAAAACUCCUCCUCAAGAUUCUCAUUUGACUGAUACUAUUGCGAAUAAAAAGGAAAAAUCACCGGUUAACAAGAAGGAAAGUGUACCUGUUCAGAGGCCUGGUUCAGCAAGGCCCGGAUCGAGACGUGUUUCUUACAGUAAUUCGCUUCAAAAUGGCGAACCGGAAACCGGGUCUUCGAAAGAAUCUAAAACCGAAAAGAAAACUGAUUCGGAAGAACCUCCUUCGAUACCUGUCACAAGACCACGUACAGCCACAAGACCUCCAAGUGCUCGACCCGGAGCUCCUCGCAUUAGAGACAGGGGAGAAGUUUCAGUAAAUGAUGAAACAAAAACUCCAUUGGCAAAUAUAAAUGUAAUCGAAGAAGGCAAAGCUGACCAAAUUAUCGACGAAAAAGAUAAUUUCAUCGUUAUAGAAUCUGAACAAAGUGUACCUGCUUUGAUGAACGAUUCAGACCAGAUCAACGAUCAAGAUCAAGGCCAAUUAGUCAACCAAAUUCUACAAACGCAAAAAGAACUCAACGAAAGCUUAACCGUAGACGUUUCUCAACAUAAACACUCCGAAAUUGAGUGGGAAGCUGGUAGACAACGAGAACGAGACAUUGUGGGAAAAGAAAUAGAUAAAAUUAGAUCCGUCAUUCAAACAUUAACUAGCGCAGCGAAUCCGCUUGGUAAAUUAUUCGAUUUUUUGCAAGAAGACGUCGACGAAAUGCAAAGAGAACUUCAGCAUUGGAAAAAAAUCAACGAAAAUUUACAAAAGCAGCAAUUAGCUGAAAUGAAUACUGGAAAAAUGUUCUUGCAGCCUUUACAAAAGCAACUGGAAGAUGUUGAAAAUAGUAUUCAAGAAGAGUACGUACAAAUUGCCAAUAUUAAGGGUACCAUUUUGUUGAAUGAUGAAAAAAUCACCAAACUGAUUCACGCGAUACAAACUCGUACGAAAUAAUGAAGAGAUUGAGAUUCACAAUGAUGGUACGAUUCGGUGAAAAUUUAAAUGAAAAUCAACCUGCAGCUGUUUUCUAUUAAAAUGAUUUACUUUCUAAUAUGAAUGAUGAAUUUCUUCAAAUUAUGUAGUCUGUGAUACCCAUCUUUUUAAUAGGUAGGUAUAUUCGCCUCACGACUUUUUUCAAGAGCAAGAACUUUUAUCAUCUCCAUUCACAUUUUUUAAAAAAUGAUUUACGAUACUGACGACCUACUCAGAAAUUAAUUUUAAUUGUUUUUUGGUUGAAAAUUAUCGUUCGAAGUAACACCAAUUUGAUUUAUGACGUUUGCAAUGAGAUAAGCUUUGUUCAUGUUGGGUACCUACUACCUACUGCGAAUUUAAUUUUUUCACUGGUUCGGUAUUGUGACCGUUGAACUCUUAUCAACAAAUGACCUCAAAUAUGCUCGAAAUUCUUCAGGUGUUCAUUUUCUUCGCGUUAUAGGUAGCUGUAUAUUUUCCAAAACCAGAAUGAAACAUCUGAAAUGAGUAUAAUUCUCAUAUUCGAUGAUUUUAGAAACCCCUGUCUCAAAUUCGAUAAAAUUUAAUACUCGACGAUAAUUUUACAAUUUUUCGUCGUAAAAAUUGAGAGCACGUUGAGUUACAAUGUGAUAACGAUGACAGAAAGUGUGUAUACAUAACAAUAUUUUCCUCUACCGGGAUCGAGACAAUAUUUUUUACAGAUAAGCUCGUAUCUUUCAAGUGUUCAAAAAUAUUGUACACUCGUUUAAUCAAUAUUUACGUACAUUUAAUUCAAUUUUUAUACCCUCGAAUACGAUCGUCAUAAAUAUUAUUGAAAGAAACCAACAAUAGAAAAAGUUUGUUUUAUUUAAAACAUAAUAACGAUAUGUAAGUAAACAAACGAAAAAAUUACAAAACUAGAUUGAUAACAAUUCUUUUUUUUUAUCCAUUUAAAAAAAAGGGUAAAUCGCAUCGAUACGAUUAAAGUUUGGCAUGAUAGGAGAAAAACACGUUUUUCUCCAGCCACAUCACAAAACCACGCAGACUGUUGUACUUGCAACAACUCAAACGGCGUUAAUAAAUUUAUAUACAUAGAUACACGAUUACGAGAUGAAUUAUGUUUUACAUAAUAAUGUAUUAUAAUAUUGCACUCGAUCCGUAAAUUAUUAUUAUUGCAGCAAAAAUAUUACACACAUUCGAAUGAACGAAAUACAUGAAAUGAGAAUAAGGAACAUCGAAUCAAAGGCCCCAGCCUGACUAAAUAGUUUGUUCGCAUCACAAAAAAAACAACACCAGGAAUAAUUUACGAAUAUCAAACAAGCGGAAUAAUAAACAGUGAAGCUCAACACAUCGUAACGGUUAAUUUAGCUGCGUAAAAAAAAAAGGCAAGACGGGGGAGGAUUCGUUAAAAGUGAGCAUGAGAAUGAGGGAAAGAGGAGAAGAAGAAGAAAAGGUACACGAUAAAAUGGUAUUAAUAUUUAACUAAUGGCUGUAGCACGUACGGGUAAUACGGUGCUCGUGAUGGCAUUCAACUAUAGUUCGAAUAUUUCUUCUUGUUUUUCUUGCAAUCUUUGCAAACUAUUGCGUACCGUUUUGCCUUGAGUGACCACUGAUGGCAUUUCGUACGAAUUCACACUGUUGUAUUGACGCUGUUGUUGUUGUUGUUGCUGUUUCAAUCGAGACAUGGCUGGUUUACGUCGCGUCGAUGAGCCAUUCAGUUCGGAAGCGAAUCUGAAACACGACGAUAAGUUUCGUUAAACGUUUCACAUUUAGAGUAACUUUAAGAUAGAAUAAAGGUACAGACAGGCUUUUAUCUUGAGUGAGUUUAACUUGUUGAGCUUUGUUCGCGAUAUCGGCAUCGAUUCGGUUCAGGAAAUCGUUAUAACUAUCUAAAUCGUCAUCGUUUUUACAACUGGAAGCGGACGAAUGAACGGAAUCAGCUUUAUGUACGCCGUUCGAAACUGGUUUCACGUCAUCUAUCGAUUGAUUAAGAAAUAAAUCCGAUUCGGUCGGAGAAUCGAAUGAUGAUAUCGACGUCGACGGUAACGAUUUGCUUUUCAUCACCGGAAUAAGUAAA